GGCAUUGUGUCGAGGUGGGCAAGGUGGAAGUUACCCGUUUGUCGAAGACUAGUGUUACCCUUUCUGUUACAAUGGUUGAAGUGAGGAUUUGGGUGGGGUGAGUUAGUCGUUCGUCUGCGUAAAAGGCAACUUCUUUCUAGAGAAAGUCAUGAUGGGAGUAAUGAAACGAGGAAGUGUUGGACAAUAGAACGAGGUGUUUCCGCUUCGUCGCGCCAGGAGGGUUCCCAGCCCAGAACUUAUUGCGUGUCUUCCUCAUGCCAAUAGUGGUGUGUUUCACCACAUAAAACUAUUCUAAUCAUAUAGGCUAGGGUUGACUGAGACACUGCGUGUAAUUGUGACUUUUCCUCAGACGGAAUUCAGAAAAGUGGAAAAUACACAUUCUUGCUGUGCGCUCGCAGCUGCAGAGGGGCUCGAUACACUUACAGCUCUUUUAUUAAGCGGUUUGCAUAAGGACUUCCGCCACUGGUUUUUCCCUUCUACACUGACUGCGAAGGUGGCGAUGAGAGGAGCCCCGGUGUCCCGCACACACGCCGAGCUGGCAUGGAAACCCGAGGCACUCAGAGGAUGUGUCGUAGAGGCGCAUCAUUCGGACACUCGGAUUUGUAUUAAAUCGAAGGACGGAAUCUUGUCCUAAUUCGCGGAGGCGGGACUUAUUUACACCGUGUGUUCAUUAUGUUGAAGGGACUACAGAUGAUGUUUGCGUACUCUGUGUGGAAGUACAGGGACUAUUUUGUCUUAGCUCAGUCAUAAGGGUCUAUGGCACUUUAAAGGCACUGGAUACGUAGCCUGUAUUUUUUUUUUUUUUUUCUGGCAAGGAAUUGUGUUAUUAACCCUGGAUGGAAGUGAUGUUCCUGAAUUGGGAAUUCAUCAUCAUUUGCACUUUUGUCUUUGGAACUUAACUAAUGGACUGAAACGGUUUAGUUGUCGGCUUGCCAGAGAUCCUGCUAAAUCGUUACAUUAAUCUCAGCAACAGCACGAUAAGUCUUUCUGAAGUGUGGACUGGCUACGCACUCAUGGAGUUUGGAUCUUUUAACGUUCCCGACAUAGCUUCUAUGUGAAAUAUAGAUAACAUAUUUAUAGAAUACGUUUAUCAAGAACAUAUCAUUGUGGUCCUACUAUCUCUCUUUUAGCUAAUAUAUUUGGGGUGUUUUUUAUUUCCCUGAUGGAAAUCUUAAAUUCAGCGAUUGCUGAUAUUUAAAUACGGUGCGUUUUAUAGGUUAACUGCUGGGUCUGGCGUGCCGUUGUUGUUAAUCGAAUCUUGACUGUUUGACGGAUUUGCUAACGAUUAGGUUUCAAUAUAGGGAAACGAGAAAAUUCACGUUUGUGUCCUCCUCCCUUGCCGUGGGAGGAAUUGAAAGCUUUCGCCCACUAUGACUUACUUAUCUCGGGCAGUGGUUGUAUUGCUACGUGGACUCGUCAUCUCUGCGGUAUUGGGAUUAGAAAUCCGCUCCGGUGGUCUGUUGACCCAUGCGACCCCAGACGCCUCAAUUGUUGCAACUACAGACCCAUGCCUGGUGGUGAUCCCUCCAUGCGUGAACGAGGCAGACCGUUUCAGCCUGGAGGCACUACGGCACAUCCACAAGCAGCUGGACGACGAUAACGACGGUGGCAUUGAGGUCAACGAGAGCGUGGAGUUCAUCAUAGAGGACAUGAAGCAGCAGCAAACGAACAAACACAGCAACUUGCACCGAGAGGACCAGCACAUCACUGUGGAGGAACUGUGGAAAGGCUGGAAGACCUCUGAAGUUCAUAACUGGACAAUGGAUGAUGCUGUACAGUGGCUAAAAGAGUCAGUAGAACUUCCUCAGUAUGAGACAAACUUCAGGGAGUUCAGAGUUGAUGGCAAUACACUACCUCGAAUAGCAGCUAAUGAACCUUCAUUUAUGUCAUCACAACUAAAGAUAUUAGAUCAACGGCAUAAACAGAAGCUAAAUCUAAAAGCACUGGAUGCAGUGCUCUUUGGUCCUCCAAUGCGACCACAGCACAACUGGCUGAAGGACUUCAUCUUGAUGGUGUCCAUCAUUAUUGGCGUGGGAGGCUGCUGGUUCGCCUACGUGCAGAACAAGUCCUCCAAAAUCCACAUCUCCCGCAUGAUGAAGGACCUGGAGAGCCUUCAGACCGCAGAGCUGAGCCUGAUGGAGCUGCAGAGCAGGCUGGAGAAAGCCCAGGAGGAGAACCGCACGGUUGCCGUGGAGAAGCAGGACCUGGAGCGCAAAAUGCGUGACGAGAUCAACGGGGCGAAGAAAGAGGCCUCCCGUCUGCGCGAGCUCCGCGAGGGCGCCGAGUGUGAGCUCAGCCGUCUCAAAUAUGCAGAGGAGGAGCUGGUACAGGUUCGCAUGGCUCUAAAGCGAGCAGAAAAGGAACUGCAGUCAGACUGGUCAGUACCUGAAGCUUUACAGAAGUGGCUGCAGCUCACACAUGAGGUGGAAGUCCAGUACUACAACAUCAAAAAGCAGAAUGCCGAGCUACAGCUCACCGUUGCCAAGGAAGAGGCAGAAAAGAUUAAAAAGAAGAGGAGUUCUGUGCUUGGAACCCUCCAUGUAGCUCACAGUUCCUCGCUGGAUGAAGUUGACCACAAGAUACUUGAAGCCAAAAAGGCGCUGUCCGAGGUCACAGCGUGUCUGCGAGAGCGCCUGCACCGCUGGCAGCAGAUCGAGAAGCUGUGCGGUUUCCCCGUGGUGCAGAACCUGGGCCUGCCCAGCCUCACCGCCUCCCUCUACUCCGACCACAGCUGGGUGGUGAUGCCUCGCUUCUCCCUGCCCCCCUACCCUAUCGCCGGGGGCGUGGACGACCUCGACGAGGACACCCCGCCCAUUGUCACGCAGUUCAACUCCCCGCUGAUACGACCUCCUCUGACACGUAACAGCAGCAUGUGUCGCUCUCGCCGGAGCAUUCUCUCCCAGCAGUCCUCGCUGCUAUCGCCCGACCCCGACCUUCUCUCCAUGGCCUCUGGUGUCUACAGACCCGAGGGUGAUGAUGAGCACAUCUACUUCAGCGUGGACAGGAAAGGAGACUCUCAGGAUACGUGUUCAGACUCCGACUCCAUGGGAUCCUCUCUAGGCAGGAAGCAAUUCUCUAGCCCCUGUGCUCCAGGGGCAGAAACCCCACAGCGCAAAAUCUCUCGUGAGGAGCUCCUCCUGUUUGCCCAGGAAAUGCAAGCCAUUACCGUGGACACAUCUCCUCCUCCUCUUCCUGUUUGCUACUCCAUCGACCCCACGUCUGGCGGCAGGGGCUCACCUGACCUCACUCGCUCCUCCACUAUCCCAGAGUCCCAGAGUUUAACCUUUCACCCUGUCACUAAAAUGGCAGCCUCUAAUGGCAUGCUGGAGAAGUCUUGCAGCAUGGGCCAGAUGCCUGCUGGUGGGACGUCCCCUGAGGGACGCCACCUCUCACUGAGCUCUCUAGACAUGGAGGGGAGAGCCAGCAAGGAGGUCAAGCAGCGGCCUUCUACCUCCAGCCCAGACUCCUGCGACAAUGGUGAGAAGAAACGCUCAAAGAUCAAGAGCUUAUUCAAGAAGAGCAAAAAACAGUGAGGGGAACGAGAGAGCGGAGGGCAGGGAGAAGCUGGAGAUGUGAAAAGCCUUAAAAUGAAUAAAUGAUGAUUUAAAAAAAUGAAUCGACUGUCAAACAGAAGCCAAUUUUUUUUAAUUAAAAGGGGAAUGUAGCUCUGUCUAGGUGAUCUCCUGGUUUGGAAGCCUUUUAUGAAGCCUUUUUAAAAAAAAGUUUAUUCAUAACCUGUCACCAAAAAAAAGUCAUGAAUGGUCAAAGGUCAAGGGUGAAGUUGGUCAUUUUGAGGAACCAGGGAAAAAUGGUUGUUCAUUUCCUGCUACAUUCAGUGUUAAUAUUAUUACUUCAAACACCAAAACAGAAAAAAGUUAAUAUCCUAUAUAAAACGUUAAAUACUUACCCUUCCUAUAGACCUAUUAUUAAUCCAAGUUGUCCAAUAAUAUACGGGAAGUAAAACAAAAAAGAUUUGUUUCACAAAACUGUUCAUUUCAAAAGUCUGCUUGUGUUAGUAAUAAAGUAAUAAAAUCAUCACAUUUGUAUGUUAAUAUUGAAAAAUACCUUAACUAAUGCCACUGUUAUGAAUCCUAGCGGGUUUUGUCUGUCCCGUCCCACAGUGCCAGCUGGUUUCUCAGAUGGUGUUUUUGUUUUUAAGGUCAUAGUAAACUACCACCACACACUGCUAUAUUUGUUUUUCAAUUAGGGUAAACCAUGUAGUAAAGAAAUGAUUGGUGUGGUUCCAACGUUUUGAAGGUGGAAGUAAACAGACCCAUAUUCUGAAGGUUGAAGGCUGGAUGCGAGCUUUCAGCUUCCUCAUGCUUACCGAUGGCGCACAGUUCCUGUACUUGACUAAUUCCCUUUAGAUCAAAAAGAAAACCGAAGGUAGUGCUUAUUGUAAAGCUGAAAAGCCUAACGGCUGAUUAAUAGUCAUGACAGACACAUACCUGUGUAUACUGUUACUGCUCACCUGGCUCUUGAAGAAACAUUUUGUGUAUUAAGAUGUAAACCUUUUUGACUAACAAUCCUUAAUACGUACGUUAACAAGAGGUUGUAUCUUUUGCUGAAAAAUGUGAGAAGGGUUGUUAGAAGGGCAUCGUGACUGCUGAAGAGAAACUGCUACCAAAAUAAAAAAAUAAACAAACAAACAAAAAAAUUGAAAAAGAAUAAGAAAUUCUGUUAAAUAUUGUUGCACUACAGGUUUCCUUGUUUGGAAAGGGACAUUUCUUGUGGAAUAACAGUAAGUUAAGUUAGGAUUUUGUUGAGAUGCAUUAAAAAAGCAGCAAAUUGAUGAUGGAGCCAAGACAAUUUGAUGCAUUUAGAAUGCCUCUUAGCAUAUUUAUUUUUUAGCAUAUUUUUUUCAUUAUGACAAUGUUCUUAUUUUCUAAUUGUAGAAUGUGCAUUUGUAUUGUGUAGCUGUGGAAAGACUGUGCUUUUUAUAUAUGCUUAUGCAAAUUGUGACGCUACCCCUCAAUAACCCCUAUUUCUUGGACUAAAUGCCCUGUUUCAAGGGUCUAACCAUCA